GGUGUGCUGGAUGGUUUCCCGUACAAAGGGGGUGUGUUGCGCCUAUUUAUUAAGCCGUUUUUGCUUCCUGAUCCCACACACUCAUCUUACCUGCGGAACACGUUCACACUGCGCACCUCUGCACCAGUGCUUGGAAAAAAAAACAUAAUGGGUGACAACAACCCUGUCACUGAUGAAGUGGUGUCGUUUGACAAAUGUAAGCUAAAGAAGACCAUCACUUCAGAGAAGAACAAACUUCCGACUACUGCGGACAUUGAAGCGGAAAAGAAAGUGAUUCAAGAGGAAUGUAGUAAAUGAAUCUGCCCUUCAUCAACCCUGGCUUCCGCUCCGCCGAUGUAUAUCUUUCCAUCUUCUGCCACUGUUGCCAUGUGCCAAUAUGAGCCAAACAUAUAUAUACCACCCAAUGUGUUUUAUUGUUGUGUUUUCAAAAAAAAAACAUCAUUUAGAAAGAAUCAGACAAAAAAAAAGCAGGAAAUGUGCAUUAAUUUGAAUUAGUGUGAGUAGCGCCAUUUGGAAAUAUUACGAAAAAAAAUCGCAUCAAACAUAAUAUUUUUGUAACUUGUUAAAAUUAGCCUUACUGUUCUGCAAUAAAUUCCCAAUGUUUCUUUCUAUUGACAUGCAAUUUGACAAACUUUAAAAAGUGUCAAAAAAAAGAUAUGCAUGUAAAAUAAAUGAUUUGUGAAAUGAAA